UUGCAGUUCAUUAAGCAGAUAAAGGAGUCAUGUCUUUCUCUGUGAUGACCCGCAGUUUCUUGGCUCUACUCCUCCCCCUGGUGGUGAACUCUGGUCCUGUACUCGUGAGCAUCCUGCCGCAGGACUGUGACGAGAUCACCAGGAAUGGCACUGAGCAGAGCGGGCUGUAUACAAUCUACCCCACACGAGACAGUCCUGUAGACGUGUAUUGUGAGAUGAGCUGCACUGACGACCAAUCAGGAUGGACUGUGUUCCAGAGGAGGAUGGACGGCAGUGUGACCUUCUACAGGUCAUGGGACUCUUACAAGAACGGGUUUGGGAAUAAGAGUGGAGAGUACUGGCUCGGGCUGGAGAACCUCUAUCAGCUGACUCACAAGAGGAACUAUCAGCUGAGGGUGGAUCUGGAGGAUUUUGAUGGGAUGAAGGCGUACGCUCUCUACAGCUCCUUCUCUGUGGACACUGAAGCUACCGGUUAUCUACUGCGGGUUAACGGAUUCUUCAAUGGAGGGGCUGGUGAUGCUCUUUCCUACCACAGUGGACAGAGGUUCUCCACCUUUGACAGAGAUCAGGACUCAGCAUCGGUUAACUGUGCCAGAAACUAUCUCGGGGCUUUUUGGUAUAACUCAUGCCACUACGCUAACCCUAACGGCAUGUACCUGAAGGGGCGUGACGGGUCCCUGUUCGCCGUUGGUGACGUGUGGCAGCAGUGGAAAGGUUAUGAUUAUGGGCUCAAAUCAAUCAGUAUGAAGAUCAGGCCCAUAUAUUAAUAUUAGUCCCUGAAGUGCAGUGAUGGAGGUUCCCAUGCAAAAAAAAAAACAAAAAAAAAACAAGAGGACUAUUCGGGACUAUUUUUAAUAUGAUAAUAUAAUAAUAUAACCUUCACAAAGAAGUGAUCUGAUUUAAGAGCUCCAAACAUAUUCUGCUGGGAUUUUAUGUUUCCUUACUCUUUAACUGAGGGUUAAACUUUAAUCUUAAUUGCUUUUUUAUGUAUAAAAAGCAGUCAAUUUUUGUUCCUGUGUAAAUAUUUCACAAACAACAUGGUAUAACUGUGAGCUGUCAUUUACUAUUUUUAACUGUAUUUUCUCUUUUCUUAAAAAUCAAUAAAUCAUUUUUAAAGCAACCAAAAA